GUGAGCAGGAAUACUCUGAGCGGAUAUUUCCUGGCUGGACGGGACAUGGCCUGGUGGCCGAUUGGAGCGUCUCUCUUUGCCAGCUCAGAAGGCUCAGGGUUGUUUAUUGGUCUGGCUGGGACCGGAGCUGCUGGAGGCAUCGCUGUCACUGGUUUUGAAUGGAAUGCCACCUAUGUGUUGCUGGCUCUGGCCUGGGUAUUUGUGCCUGUCUACAUCUCCUCAGGGAUUGUGACAAUGCCGGAGUACCUGGGCCGCCGUUUUGGAGGAGAGAGGAUCAGAACCUACCUGGCUGUCCUCUCACUGCUGCUGUCCGUCUUCACAAAGAUAUCAACUGACCUCUACUCUGGAGCCUUGUUUGUUCAGGUGUGUCUGGGGUGGAACCUCUACCUGUCCACUGUCCUCAUGCUGGUGGUCACUGCUCUCUACACCAUUGCAGGCGGUCUUGCUGCCGUCAUCUACACGGACACUCUACAGACAUUCAUCAUGAUUAUAGGAGCAAUCAUCCUAACAAUCACUGCCUUCAAUAAGAUUGGUGGCUACAGUAACCUGGAGCGUGUGUACAGCAUGGCCGUGCCCAGUAAGAUCAUCCCCAACAGUACCUGCCACUUGCCACGUCAGGACGCCAUGCACCUGUUCAGAGAUGCCGUCACCGGAGACCUGCCCUGGCCCGGCAUGACUCUGGGGCUCACCAUACUGGCCACCUGGUACUGGUGCACUGACCAGGUGAUUGUACAACGGUCCCUGUCUGCUAAGAACAUGAGUCAUGUUAAAGGCGCAUCAAUCCUGGCUGCCUAUCUGAAGAUGCUGCCUUUCAUCUUCAUCAUCCUCCCUGGCAUGAUCAGCCGAGCUCUCUAUCCAGACUCUGUAGGAUGUGUGGAUCCAGAAGAGUGUGUGCGAGUGUGUGGAGCUGAGGUGGGAUGCUCCAACAUCGCCUUUCCCAAACUGGUCAUUGAACUCAUGCCCAGUGGCUUGCGUGGACUCAUGAUAGCAGUGAUGAUGGCUGCUCUGAUGUCAUCGUUGACCUCCAUCUUUAACAGCAGCUCCACACUCUUCACCAUGGACAUCUGGAAGAAGCAUCGCCCCCGGGCCUCGGAGAGGGAGCUGCUACUGGUAGGCAGGAUUGUGACUGUGAUCUUGGUGGUGGUGAGUGUGGUGUGGAUCCCCAUCCUGCAGUCGGCCAACAGUGGCCAGCUGUAUGUUUACAUCCAGUCAGUGACGAGCUACCUCGCUCCACCCGUCACUGCUGUCUUCACCCUGGCAGUCUUCUGGAAGAGGACCAACGAGCAGGGUGCAUUCUGGGGCCUGAUGGUGGGUUUGGUGGUGGGUGUGUGUAGGAUGGUGGUGGAGUUUGCCUUCCCACCUCCCAGAUGUGGCGUCGUGGACUCGGCGCCUACAGUCCUGCGCAGUGUCCACUACCUCCAUUUCGCCAUUCUGCUCUGUGGGCUCACUGCUAUUGUGGUUACUAUAGUAUCGCUGCUCACACCACCUCCCAACCACGAACAGGUGUGUAACCUGACCUGGUGGACUCUGACUGAAGAGCCACCGAGAGAUAUUCCUCUACAGAAAAUGUCCUCUGUCAGCCACCGUAGCUCCCAGAGCUCUGAGCCAACACGGAGGGUGACAUGCGGUCAGGGGACAGGACUGUGUAUCUCAGCAGCACGGCGGUCAGAAGAGAUUCCAGCUCCCCGAGCUCAAAGCGUCAGAGAGAGCGUGUUCUGGUCCAGGUUCUGCUGUGCCAACGCGCUCCUGGUGGUCAGCAUUAACAUUUUCCUCUAUGCCUACUUUGCCUGAGUAGAGAAACAGAUUUAACAUCCUGUCUCACCCUUCUGCUGAACUCCUGCCAAUCUCACCGACAUGAAUUCCAGAUCCAAGAAGGUGGGAGAAAUAAACUGUGAUUUUUGGACUGGUUUUACAUGAAUCCUGCUAAUGUAGCUUCAGGGGCCGUUAAAAAAACACAUUUAAAACUAGAAAACACAGAGCGAUCACAUACCUCUAACCACAAACCUCUAAAUGUGUUAUUUAAAGAAAAAAGUCAAUGUUGAGUUUUUUAAUCUGCAUCUGGAUCUACAUUCAUAUCAAAUUACACAUGAUGAUAGAUAAUUAUUGGGUACACAUAGCAGAGAUUUUGUUGUUUUGAACUGUUUAAAAACCUCCAUCUCACAAUGUCUUAAAAUCCUGAGCAGCUCAGACUGAGCUCAGUGUUGUCUUUUAAAGUCAUUUCAUUAGACACACAGUAUAUCUACAGAUGUUAUAAUGUUUUAUUUUUACGACUGCCCCACUUGAGGCUGUUGGUUUGUUCAUAAAACCUUUCCGCCCUCUUCGAUGUAGCCUAGUUUUAAAGUUUCAGAAGGGUAUUGUACAAAUAUACAAUGAAGCUUGUGGCUUGUAACAAGCUAACAUGAAUGUGCCGUUAAUGCUAGGUAAAUAUGACAUCUAAAUAGAAGAGCAUCACACGUCAUUUUAGAUCUAAAGCUUAUAAAAUAUAUGGUGAGAUGAUAUAGUCAAUCUAUGUAGUUUAGGUUGUGUGUUUCUUCCAUAGUUCCCUUUGAGUCUGUAUGCUUAAUGGUAAUUCUUUAGUCGUGUUUAUGUCCUGAUGUUUGUCAAGAAAGGUUUUGUGAACCUUCAGUUAUUGUUGUAGAGUUCUGUCAUGCUAUUUAGGUUGUUUAUGAAUAUAUAUAAAUCAGAAUUUCUCAACCUUCUCUGGUCCCCAAAUUCAAAUUGAAAUAUGACAUGUUUGUCUUUUGUAAUCAAGAGUGCAGUUGGAAAAUCCAAAAUAUGUGGAAAUAAUGAGAGGUUUUACAUUUAUUUUUUAUUAUUUUAGAUUUAUCAGACAGAGUAUCAGAGCUGAAAAUAUUGUUUAUGACCCCUUUUUGCUUGACAACAGACUCCCAUAAGGGACAUUCACCAGAGGAGACUGUUAUAACUUGUUGGUGUGCAUUUGAUUUAUUUUUUUGGUUAAAUUCAUUAAGAACUACUGAGAAGUGAAGAUUGUUGGAUGUAAAGAACCUCAUGUCAGUCAGAAGACAAAAUAUCUGGACAAUUUGUCCGUCAAAUGUUUUUUUUU